AUGCCGAGUCUCUUCUCUCGCUUCAAGGGCAAAGACAGCUCCUCCAAGAAGUCCAAGAAAAACGGUCGCUUGGAUCAGCUCGCCGACUUGCCACCAAAACCGCGAUGGGAGGAUGCCUGGACAAGGAAGACCGUAGAACCAGAAGAGAUUGAGGAAUUGGUCAAGCUUUGCACAGAAGAGCUCAAAGCUAGAGCUCUCGAUCUUCCAUUCUUACUGCUUCCUUUCCGCCCGACGUCCGACCCCAGCGCCGUGCGUACAUUUGUCCGACACUUUUUCGAUGGCAAGGAUGGCUACCAGCUUCUCCGCGGAGAGGCUCUUGCCCAAGAGCUACGGAUGACCGAGCCAAUGGUCAUUUCUGGAGCGAUCAAAUGGUGCUGGUCCAGGCUUCAGGGCGGUGUAGUCGGGUGGGAUUCGUAUGAACUCUUCAAAGUCGGAGAGCAAGACUCGAACAUGGCCAGAGAUUCGUUCAAGACGUUCAUUCCAUUGAGUGUCGACAACGAGUCGCGAAAGGAGAUCAUCUUCGCCUUUUUCGACCUCCUCGCGGCGAUUGGGGCCCAUGGCAAGACGAACGGCUUUGGCGGACGUAAGCUCUCGAGGAUGGCCGCGUGGUGGGCCUUCGAGCAGAAAGAUAACGGCAAUGGCUUUGAGGGUGGGUACAAGGCAUGGCUAAACGCUGCCGAUGCCACAAGCCAUUUGUUUUUCGCAUACCUGCGGUCUCUGGCGCCUCAGCACCAGACUCGGGGAGGGAUUUCACUCUUGCCCAUGUCCCUCCAGAAGCUGCUCCAGGAAACUGAGUACCCGCCAGAACGACCUGCCCUCAUGCAAUCCUCAACCAACAGGGUAUCCAUGAUUGUUGAUACGGUGUCGCCUACGCCAUUCGCUCUUCUUCGGCGAGCUAAAAACUUCCAGUACCAUGACGAAGACAGGGCACUCCGAGAGUGGUCAGAGUAUGAGGAUCCAUUGAAGGCUUUGACAGAAGAAUGCCGCAGAGUCCUUAGGGCGGUCUCUGCCGCAAACCAGUCACAAGCUGUUUCCAGCUCAAAACACUCGACCAGCCUCCGCGAUGCCUCUUGGUCUCGCUUUGAGGAUAUUGGCUUUACAAGCGCACUUGAAGAAGAGGACGAGGAGGACAAUCCACAAGUUGCUUCAGCUCGGCGACAGGGCUUGCGAACCACAGCAGCGUCUGGAACUACAGACCUGGGGCGGCCAACCACGCCGUCAUGGGCAGACUUCCUUUCUUCGGGGUUCGUGGACGACCGGACAACCAGUGCAUCGAACCACUUACUGCCCCCAGACAAGGUUCUCCCGCCAAUUGAGACCACGGUUCGGCAGCGCAGCUCCCAGUCGCACAAGCCGAGACUGGAGUCGGAUAAUUACCUCGAGCCCGGCGAGCUGGCAAGUAUUGUGAGGUUCGAUCUUGACGACGCCUUUUGGUGGGUUUGGAUGAGCAGUCUGGCGCCCGAAGAGACACCGGAGAGAAAGGCGACUUUUGGUCGGUGUGCGGUGGUCGAGACGGUGAUCCGAACCGGCCGUUUCCUAGUGAUGGAGGAGAUUGUCAAAGGCGCGGCUCCAGAUCCCCAAGAGGGCGCAUAUAUUGCAGAAAAGAAAGGCUUCUUUAGCUGGACUCGCCGGGGUAAGAUCAGCAGGAGGAAGUCGACGGGCAAGAACGCCCUCGACAGGGGCGAGCACAACCUGAAGUCUAGUAGUACCAUGGGUUAUAGUAAGACCAGUAUUGGACCGGAUCAGCAGGCCAAGAUCCAGGCUGCAGCUCUGCAGCUCCAGAUGCUCGAGAAGCAAAAGAACCAGCAGCAGGUUCAGCAGCGACGGGGGAGGGACGACUCGGAGUUGAUGUCGGAGAAGACUAACAGUGUCCUCACGCUUCAGUCGGCUGCCUUCCUAAGCGAAGCGUCUCCCGCUGUUAAGUGGGCUAACAAGUACGACAAAGAUGCGAUACGAGAGGCCUAUUUGUCGAACGCCCAAGCUGGCCGCGGCGGCGUGGCCGCACCUGCGCAUACAAAUAGCAAUGCCACCCCGACGACAAACGGCUACGAUCGGCCGCCUGAGCUGCCGCCCAAAUCGCCCUCUCCGCUCUCGCAGAGUUCCGCAGUUGUCGCGCCGGCGCCGCCUACGCCUAUUCAACACAUCGAGACUCCCGAGCCAGAGCCGCCGAAGCUAAUUGAAAAAGCGUUAGAGGCACCUAAGGAUGUGCAUCCUAUUGAGCGAGUAUCCGACGCAUCCCAUACCACUCCGGUGCCUCCGCCAAAGGAGCCCGAAAGCAUCGAGCUAGCACAGGAGACCAUGAUCUCUUCAGAGCCCGAUCUCAGCCCCGAUAGUAAGAAGCAAAGGAAGCUUCAUAAAGAUAUGGGGAAGGGAGGUAUUGCUGCUUCUGCUUCUGCUGGUGGGGGCGGUGCGUUUAGAAAACUGUUCGGCCGCAGUAAGAACAGGCAGUCCAAACUUCCGGAAAAUGCCGCCCAGCAACUUCAGUCCGUGGCCGCCGCGGAAGUUGAGGCCCACCCCGUUCUCGCUCCUGCGGCUCAGCUGCAGACUGCAGAGAGACCGGCGGUGCCCGAGAAAACCGCUACACAGCAAGAAGCUCGGUUCGCGGCGCCGGUGGAGGACCCCUUCGUGCCGGAGCCUGUUCUCAGCGUCGAAGCAGCGCCUGCUCCCGAGCUUGAGAUGGAACCGAUCUACGAGCCGUCUGUGCACGAAGAUGUUUCGCGCGUCAACACGGCCGAUGCUGCUGCAGCCGAGGAAGCAUUCUCUCAGUUCAACCAAGGCCCGCUCCUAGACCAGCCCGCCUUCGUUCCCGAUGCCGAUAGUGAUGAUGAUGACGCGGUGCCGCCUCCUAUCGCAAGACAUGCGUCUAGAUCUCCGAUACAGCCGCCGCAGCCUGAAGAAGACCUAGCUGAGCAAGCGCCAGCGCCCCGCAAGGUCGAUCCGCAGAAUAGGUGGGCGCAGAUUCGCAAAAAUGCCGCGGAGCUAGCUGCUCAGCGUCAGCCUGGCCAAGCCGAAGAACGGGCGCCUGGAGGGCUCAUCAAGACUGCCGAUGGGGACGAUGAUACGAGCGGAGAAGAGACAAUCGAAUCCCGCGUCGCCCGCAUCAAGGCCCGAGUCGCCGUCUUGACUGGUAAUACGGAAGGAUUCAACGGACCUGGCAGCCCGUCGCCCGUUGUCCGUCGCUAG